GCUUUUUAAUAAUAAUAGGGAAUCACCUUUUUGGUGUUAAAAUACUAUUUUAUGCCUGUGAAACAUUGUUAUUUUUGAGACUGUUAGUAAAUUCAGGUAAAAAAGUAGGGGGAAAAUAAAUGUAUGUGAUAGGCUGCUAGUUACAAAAGUCCCCAAAGAUAGACACAAAACUAGCUCAUCCCGUGGAGUUAUGUGCUCUGAUGUGCUUCAGUGUUAAGUGGCUUAAUUUAAAAGACAAACAAAAAAAAAAAACCUCACAACAUUAAACUGACAAUGCUCUGGUAGGAAAGUGAGUAAAAAGGCUUUUUGAAAGUCUGCAGAACUAUUGCUCAAGACCACUUUUUAAAAGAAUUUCAAAAGCUUUUGGCUUUUGAAAUUCUUUUAAAAAACCAGCUAAGGCUGAAUAGCCCAAGACUAGAGCCACAAACAGACGAGACUGCUUCAGUCAGUCUGCUGCUUUUGGAUAAACUCGACACAUUUCAGAUCUAACACAGAGAUCAUAAAAUCAACUAACCAAAAAAAAAAAAUGUAUGUGUAAACAUUGCAGCAGGUCAAUCAAAAGUUUUGAGUAUCGACCCCCUCGUCACUUACACGCACAUGCUUAAAUUUUGGGUGUUAGCGCCUUUUCUGUACUGUUCUGUUAACGAGGAACAUUUACGGGCGGCUUAAAUUCUUGUUCAUCAUUACGUAAACAUCUCAAAACACUUGCACAAAAUAGUUUACUGAAAUGCUGUCUGUCCACAUGCUCAGAAAGGUCCGAGCAUAAAUAUUUCCACCUCGUUGUGGUUUUUUUUCUUUCUUUUUUUCUUCCUUUUUUUGAGGUUGUGUAGGUUUGGACUUUUUGUUCCAUUUUGGAAGAGGGAUAUGCAUAUUAACUGCAUUUGUGGAAAUAUGCCAAAAUGAGCUCGUUAGAGUUUGACUUCAGAUCAUAAGACUUUUAACUCUGAAAGAAUGGGGUGGUGUAAUUUCUUCAGUAGUCUUGUACAGUUUUUGAGUUUUAGUGAGCAGAUGGUGACAUGGAAGAAAUGUCACGUUCGCCAACCUCGACAGAUAUGUCGUAGCAUCCUGGAUGAAUGCUUAAAGCAACUACAAAGUCAGGACAUUCAAGGAGGAGUUUAGAUAGUUUGGACAGAUUAAUAAAGCUCUGGCGUGCUUCUCUCUUUGCUAGCUUUCGUCCCUCUGUCACAGUUUGCUGACAGUCGGAGUAUAUCCCAGAUAUUCUUAGCUCUAUAGCCAGGACAUAGGUCCUCUAAAUAUUUUCACUUCCUCAGGUCAGGAUAGUUUCCAAGUUUGGCUCUGACGGCACAGCCGAUCACAUGACCGCUCAUUUCGCAUGCAGGCCUGUCAUCUUGCUCAUAUUUCCGUGUCUUGGAACAUGAAAGACUUAAAUGAGGAUAUGAUAUAUUUCAAUUGGCAUGUUUUGUUUUCACCGCUGUGGCUGAGCUGAAAUGUUUUCCCGCUUGGGCGCUCGCCUUUCGGAGGCUCCCUGGAAGAACCGAGAGUCCCGACUGUUUGUAUUUAUGGGGCUGACUCUAACCAAAGUUGACCUCAGCCUGGGUGGAGCAAACAUCUGUUUUUUGUAUGUGUCGCUUGCACAGAUGGCCUGUUGAGCUCUCAGCUGGAGAUGAAGAUGUCAUCGUCUUGCACAAGCUGUAAAUGUUUAAUUUAGGCGUUUGGCCUGAUGAUCAGCGAUCUUUUGUGACAGUAUAAAACAUCUGAGUCACUCUGUUGUUGCAGACUGUGGUAAUUAGGGGGAGCGAGAGGUGGAAGUGAAAGUGUGAGCUGCACUGGUUGAUGAUAUCUGAAUCCAUACAUGAAUUCAUCGUUACUCUCAGCCCAUGUUUUAAUGCCAACAUUUUAGAUGCAGCAGCAGCUUGGCUCUCGAACAAGGGCGAACCUUGCUCUUUAUUUUUGGCGUGCUAAAUGUCACUGAUAGGUUAGCUGUCUACUCUGACAUAUACACACAGAAUAAGUCUUGGGCUUAAUUUGUUGUGCUUGUAGAUGGCUAUUAAGGCUUCAACAGUUUAGACUAACACAGUGGAGCUGGAGUAGGGGGGCACUGAUGGCAUAUUCAUAAGCUAUAAUUACCCUUAAGUAAUCCAGUCACCUCACUGAGUGUGUUUUUAAUUCCUAGGCUUGAAACAGAUGCAUUGUUUGUCUUUCCUUGCAUGUGAGCUUUAAGUUUUCUCGGCUGUUGUCGUCUUAUCUUUGAAUUUACCGCUUUUUUUUCUCUAACAGACAGACCUGUUUCCUCCUCACUCGAAAAACGCCUACUUCCUCUACUUCCUCCUUCUGUCUCAGCACUCUGUCGGUUGUUCUUUUGCCUCAGGCGAAGCACUGCACAGACCAGACCGUGGUGAACUUUUUGUUUGUGGCUUGUGAUGCUGAAGUCACUUUACUUGGAGGCAGAUUGUCACACCGAAGUCGCCCUCUCCAUCCUGUUAUUGUAGUCGCAUGCACAAGAAGCAGGUUGAUUGGGAAGAAAGCUAAGAGUACUGGUGGAUGUCUUGCGGGUUUGGAUGAGCCAUCUUCAGUAGUACUGACAGAGGUGUGAGGCAGUGAGGCUCUCACCCCCCACCCUGGGAGCCAUGCCGCCGCCGGCAGAUAUUGUCAAGGUGGCCAUUGAGUGGCCGGGGGCAUUCCCCAAGCUCAUGGAGAUAGACCAGAAAAAGCCUCUCUCAGCCAUCAUUAAAGAAGUAUGCGAGGGGUGGUCCCUGGGGAGCCCUGAAAACUUUGCUCUGCAGAUUGCUGACGCGACAAAUUUCUACAUCACAGAAAAGAAUCGCAGCGACAUUAAGAACGGCUCGAUCCUUCGUUUGACCACCUCUCCUUACCAGACGGCAGUGCAGCUUCAUGAACGGAUCCAGUCAUCAAGCAUGGACGCCAAACUGGAGGCUCUUAAGGACCUGGCUAACGCGUCCCGGGAUAUCACCUUUGCCCAGGAGUUCAUCAACCUCGAUGGUAUCUCGCUGCUCACUCAGAUGGUGGAAAGUGGGACUGAGCGCUAUCAGAAACUGCAAAAGAUUAUGAAGCCAUGUUUUGGAGACUUGCUGUCCUUCACUUUGACGGCCUUUGUGGAGCUGAUGGACCACAGCAUCGUCUCCUGGGACACUUUCUCUGUGGCAUUCAUCAAGAAGAUUGCCAGCUUCGUGAACAAGACAGCCAUGGACACGGCAGUGCUGCAGCGCUCCCUGGCGAUCCUGGAGUCCAUGGUGCUCAACAGUCAGGAUCUUUACCACAAGGUGGCACAAGAAAUCACCAUUGGACAGCUUAUCCCGCAUCUUCAGGGGACUGAUCAAGACAUUCAGACCUACACUAUAGCUGUCAUCAAUGCUUUAUUCCUCAAAGCUCCUGAGGAGAAGAGACAGUAUGAUGAGCACAUUGUGGACAUCCUAAAUUGUCCCCUGACAGAGAUGGCCCAUAUUCUUGCCCAGAAACAGCUGCGCUCCAUCAUUCUCAGUAAUGUGAUCCGGAGCAACACGCCCAUUAAUGAUGAGAUGGCACAUCAGCUGUACGUGCUGCAGGUUCUCAACUUCAACCUGCUCGAGGACCGCAUGAUGACCAAGAUGGAUCCUCAGGACCAGGCUCAGAGAGACAUCAUCUUUGAGCUUCGGAGAAUCGCCUUCGACGUAGAGUUGGAGCCCAACAACAGCGGCAGCAUUGAGAAACGCAAGUCGAUGUACACCCGCGACUACAAAAAGCUUGGCUUUAUUAACCAUGUGAAUCCAGCUGUGGAUUUCACCCAGAUUCCUCCAGGCAUGCUGGCUCUGGAUAACAUGCUGUACUUUGCCAGGCACCACCAGGACGCUUACAUCAGGAUUGUCUUGGAGAACAGCAGUCGAGAAGACAAACACGAGUGUCCGUUCGGCCGCAGCAGCAUCGAGCUGACCAAGAUGCUGUGCGAGAUACUGAAAGUGGGCGAGCUCCCCAGUGAAAACUGCCAUGACUUCCACCCCAUGUUCUUCACCCACGAUCGCGCUUUUGAAGAAUUCUUCUGUAUCUGCAUCCAGCUGCUCAACAAGACCUGGAAGGAGAUGAGAGCCACAAGUGAAGAUUUCAACAAGGUAAUGCAGGUGGUGAGGGAGCAGAUCAUGCGAGCACUCACUGCCAAGCCUAAUUCCCUGGACCAGUUCAAGAGCCGCCUGCAGAACCUGAGCUACACAGAGAUCCUGAAGAUACGUCAGUCAGAAAGGAUGAAUCAGGAAGACUUCCAGUCCCGCCCCAUCCUGGAGCUGAGAGAAAAGAUCCAGCCGGAGAUCAUGGAACUGAUCAAGCAGCAGAGGCUCAACAGGCUGUGUGAGGGCACUUGCUUCAGGAAAAUCAGCAGCCGCAGGAGGCAAGAUAAGUUUUGGUACUGCCGUCUGUCUCCGAAUCAUAAAGUCCUGCACUACGGAGAUCUGGAAGAGAGCCCUCAGGGCGAGGUGCCCCAUGACUCUUUACAGGACAAACUGCCUGUGGCUGAUAUCAAAGCUGUUAUCACUGGCAAAGACUGUCCUCACAUGAAGGAAAAGGGAGCCCUGAAGCAAAACAAGGAGGUGUUAGAGCUGGCCUUCUCUGUCCUCUACGAGUCGGACGAAUACUUAAAUUUUAUCGCUCCUGACAAGCAUGAGUAUUGUGUGUGGACAGAUGGUCUGAAUGCCCUCCUGGGUAAGGAGAUGACCAGCGAAUACACCAAAUCUGACAUGGACACCCUGCUCUCUAUGGAGAUGAAGCUUCGCCUCUUGGAUCUAGAGAACAUCCAGAUUCCAGAGGCCCCGCCCCCGAUUCCCAAAGAGCCUAGCAACUAUGACUUUGUUUACGACUGUAACUAGGUGUACGACCCCACAAGCCCGAACCCGAAACAAACCCCAAACCCACUGUAUUCACUGGACCGGUCCCCUUUUCUUAUAAACUGGAACAAGAAUAAAUAAUAAAAAACAAACAAACAUAUAAUAUAAAAAAAUGAACUGUGAUUGAAAGAAAAAAAAGGAUUUCUUGAACUAUUUUCCUCUUGCUUCUUGCUAGAUGUUUAUAAGGGAGAAAAUGGUGCGUAUUAACGAUAACUGUUUGCACUUGAGGGACUUGGGGGUCGAUGCAGAGUCAUCACGUUGCCAUGGAGAAGAGAAACCAGGAAGUGUUUGUUUGGCCUGUCGUUGGUCGUCCCACGUCUCCUCCUCCUCCUCCUUCUUCACUCUCCUCCAGUGUCUGGUGUUUGAAGACAUUCACCCUUUUCUUCUUCUUGGCUGCAGCGCUUACUGUCAUUUUGCUUCAAGAAUAUUGUGGACAAAAAAAGCUUAGAAAUUCCAUUGGAUUGUCCUUCCUUUAUGUUCAUGUUAUUAUUGUUCCUCAGGGCUUUUGUCACUAGGGGGUGAAGGCUAUAGGGAUCAAGAUGGUGGUUGUGGGAUUCAGGAGCAGGGAAGGACGAUUGGGCGUCAACGGGGAGGGGGGCGUCAACUUCCCAGUAGUAUUUCCUGUCACAUUCCCACUUACAGUAGGACAAUUGUGGCAGCUAAGUGUUUCCCAAGAGGCUGAAUUACCUUUUAAGAUGAAUACUUUUUAAAAACAGAAAGAGAAAAACUAGUGUCGUCUGUCUACUCUGCCCUGCUUCACAUGUAAUAGAGACUGUUAGAAAAAGUCAAUCCUUGAAAUCCAGGCACUGUACCACAGUAAAAAGCCUCUUUUUGAAAUAUAAAUGUAAUUAUCCCACCACUGCUUAUUGCUUAUUGUACACACCUACACAGUGGCUUUGCCAUAGAACAACUGUAAAAGCGCCACCAUUGUGCAACAGGCGCUCAAACACACACUUGUCUCUCGCUCGUUUGGGUCUCUCGUUGUAAAGACUGCUGUACACAACAUUCCAAAGCAAUAUUUUAGCUUUUUUUUUCUUUUGUUUCGUUUAUCAUUUGUAAAAUGACUACGAUUUAGUGAUUUUGCUUUAGAAAAACGAAAAAGAACAAAAAUUGUGAACGUGCCGGGUAGUUAGUAUUGCAAAAUGUAAGUUAGUAUUUGAUCAAGGGAAGUUGACAUUUUUUGUGUAUGUUCAGGACAAUAUGGCCACAAAAUUGAGAGUUUAUGUAUUUUUUUAAUUUAAAAGCAGAUCGUGGUUGUUAUUUCUAAGUAUGAUUUAUAUAUUCCCCCCUCCCCCUUCCUAUUUAAUGCCUUCAGAUUGUUUUGUUUUUUUCUUUAGGAUUUUUUUCAAAGCCCCUCAAAACUGCUGUUUACAUUAAAGGUUUAAGAACUGUAACCACUCUA